AUGAGACCGGCGGCAGAACUGGUCAGGAUAUGGACAGAGGCCCUUGUGCCUGUCUGCAACAACAGCAAGAGCCACGCCAGCCAGGAACUGAAGUGGCUCCUCCAACACGCCAAACACCAAUCGUGUGCAUCUCUAGCCGUAAGGAGCGACGGUGCAGCUGCUGGUGGAGGUGGUAGGGGGGGUCUUUCGGAGAAGGAGAUCGAGUUGAUGCAGGUGUACGUGGACGAGAGAGUCAGGACCCGGAAACCACUCCAGUACAUCCUUGGGACACAACCGUUUAUGAACCUGGAGAUCCUUACUCGACCACCAACACUCAUCCCAAGAUGGGAGACAGAAGAAUGGACAGCGCGACUGGCGACAGCUCUCGAAUCCAACCCCCUGAUAUUCCGCCAACACCACCAACACACCUCUUCAACAACAACACCCCGGUUCAACAUACUAGAUAUAUGUUCAGGUUCUGGAUGCAUCCCUCUCGGACUCGCCUCAGCCUUCCCUCCAGGAUCUAGUCGCCUCUUUGGCGCAGACAUCCACCCAAAAGCCGUCCAACUUGCACGGGACAAUACCGCACAUAACCAGGCGCUGUUGAACCAGAACCUUGUCUCGUUCCAUCAAGCCGAUCUCUUGGCUCCGAAUGCUGUUGAAAAGUUCCUGAGCUGGUUGGAUGUUGAUCAUGAUAGCAGUGGUAUUGUCAAUAGCGGAACAAAUUCAUCUUCAGGAAUGGGAAAGGGGCAGGGACGGUACCACUUGAUCAUCUCGAAUCCACCCUAUAUUGCGCAUUCGGAGUACGAUACGCUGGAACCGGAGGUUGCGCAGUGGGAGGAUCCAAAGGCACUUUUGGCAGAUCAGGAGGGGCUUGUGUUUUAUCCCCGGAUUGCUCAUAUGGCUAUGGAGUUGCUUCAUCGACAACCCGCUGCUUCUCGGUCUUCGUCAUCGUCGACAUCAUCUGCAUCCUCCACUGCUGUAGGAGAGGAUCAGAAUAACAAGCACCUUAUGCGGGAACUGGACCCACGGACACUGGAAAGGAUCAACUCGUUGGACCGCGACGAACAGCAACACAACAAUCAUAACAUCAACAGCAAUCAUAACAGCGGCAACAGCAAGAGGGCCCAAGAAGGCGAGGAGAUAGACGAUGAUGACGUGGAGCGAACAUGGAGGAACGGACCAGAACUGGACCGUGUCAAAAUCCCAGAGUUAGUCUUUGAGAUUGGCGGGGAUCACCAGGUCGAUUUUGUCUCGGCUGCAGUCCGUCAGGCCGGGUUCCGUCGCGUCCAAGUUUGGAAGGAUUUGGCAGACCGUGCCCGAUGCAUUGUAGGAGCCCGUUGA